AUGAGGGUGGCCGUGAAUCGAGAGAAGGAGAGAGUGUCUGUGACGCGAGAGAAGGUGGCGGCGACGUCGCGCAUAAGGUUUAGGGCGGGGGCGGGGCGGAGGGGGAGCGGCGUCGAGAGGCGGGCGCCGUCGACGACAGCAAGGGAGAGGGGCGGAGGCCUACUCAGCGAGGAAGAGACAGGAGGUGGGCGACUUAGACACAGAGAGACUUCAUCAUACACAAACAAAUACGCCAUGGUGGAAGACUUCACAUUCCCUAGCAUCCCACCAGAGCAGUGCGGCUCCAAGAAGCUCCCUUUCCCUCACUUCGCCUCCACGCCGCCGUGGUUCGUCGUCCCGAUCGCUGGGGAUGCGGCAGCGGCGCACGACCACCACCGUAGGUGCUUCUCGGCCGUCGAGCACGCCGGAAAAGCCAGCAACGGCGAAUACCUGGGAGCACGCUCGGAGAGGUUCACCGUCGUGGAGGAGCACAAGAUGGACAUGCUGUGGGAGGACUUCAACGAGGAGCUCUCCCGCGUGGCGCCGCCAUGCCCGCUGAGCAAGGAGUGGGCGAGUGAGGCGUGGCUCGCCGGCGACGGCACACUAUCCCGGCAUGUGGUGGCUGCCUCCGGAUGCAGCGUGGUCCGGCGCAGGAGGCUGAGCCUGCUGAUGAUGCUCAAGCUGCUCAAGAAGCUCUUCUUGGGGCGCCGCAAGUCCAGCGCCACCACCUCAAGGACGACGCCACCGAUCUGAUCAACAUCUUGAAUGCAAGAAUUAUAUAGGGUGCAUGCUUGAUAAAUCGAUAUCAGGUGUAUAUAUCGGUCGAUCAAUACAUCUUUCUCUCACUAUGUUUUUUUGUGUGAUGAAUGGAUCUUCUGGUUUCUCUCACUUGAUUUUCUUUUUUUCCUUU